GGUGCGACUGGGACGGCCGCCGCGCCGCUGCCGCCUAGCGGGUUUAGCGGAGCAGCGGCCGAGGCGGCGUCGCUGGCUCGGGGAGAGCAUGCCUUGAACAGGAAACUAUGUGAAGCAAAACUCUUUCUGAAUUCUGAAAGACACCAUUUCACCAUGGGACAGCAAAUUUCGGAUCAGACGCAGUUGGUUAUUAACAAGUUACCAGAAAAAGUAGCAAAACACGUCACCUUGGUUCGAGAAAGUGGCUCCUUAACUUAUGAAGAGUUUCUUGGGAGAGUAGCUGAACUCAAUGAUGUAACUGCUAAGGUAGCUGCUGGCCAGGAAAAACAUCUUCUCUUUGAGGUACAACCUGGGUCUGAUUCCUCUGCAUUUUGGAAAAUGGUUGUACGGGUGGUCUGUACCAAGAUUAACAAAAGCAGUGGUAUUGUGGAAGCAUCACGGAUCAUGAAUUUAUACCAGUUUAUUCAGCUUUAUAAAGACAUCACAAAUCAAGCUGCUGGAGUGUUGGCUCAGAGCUCCACCUCUGAAGAGCCUGAUGGGAACCCAUCCCCAGUAACCUCGUGUCAGGCUAGUCUGUGGAUGGGCAGGGUGAAGCAGCUGACUGAUGAGGAGGAGUGUUGUAUCUGCAUGGACGGCCGGGCUGACCUCAUCCUGCCCUGUGCUCACAGCUUCUGUCAGAAGUGCAUUGAUAAAUGGAGUGAUCGACACAGGAACUGCCCCAUUUGUCGCCUACAGAUGACCGGAGCAAACGAAUCGUGGGUGGUAUCAGAUGCACCCACUGAAGAUGACAUGGCUAACUAUAUUCUUAAUAUGGCUGAUGAGGCAGGCCAACCCCACAGGCCCUGAGUGGGGAAGACUCUUGUUAUUGUGAGCUCCAAAUGCACUGUGGUCGUAGAGGAGGAGUGGAGGGGUGUGUUGCACGCAGGAAGAUCAGUUUCCCCACCCUCUUAUUUUUGCUAUUCUGAUGAUAUGUCCCAUUCUGAAAUAAACGCCCAUGUCUUCCAUGUAGGGUGGGCUGCACUUUGCUACUGUUUGGCCAGGUCCUCACUGCCCACCUGUUCUUGGUUGCUCUUGAGCUCUUUGCUUCAGAUAACAGCAAUACUUGCUACUACUGCUUUUCAGGGAUGGAGUGCUCUGUGUCUUUUUAGUUAGGUUUAAAAUUUAGAGUGUUCAAAGUUGUAGCCAUCUGAGAUAAAUGACUGAAGCUAACGUCUCCAGGGAGUUGCUUCUGCUGGGACCUGAGGAGAGUGCACUCUGCCCCCUUGUGGUUCAUUUUGGAUCCUUUAAUACCAGGGCCCAAUUGCUUCCUGAUGGUCUAUGUAACUUCAGCAGUGGGUUCUGGGACUAUGUACCAGUGCCAUGCUGCAGCACUCGGAGAAGCCAAGGUUGGGACUUCGUCUUGCAAAUGGACUCCACUGGAAGAAUCUUUGUGGCUAUUCUCCGGACUUGGGGAGGUGUUCAUAGUGCCCAUGGGGCUUGGCUUUUCAGAAGGAAAUCUUUUUUUAUCGUAGACACACUUUUAUAUUUCCAGGUUACACUGAGUCAUCCAGUCCUGAGCUAGAGUGUUUAUUUUAGAGAAAGACGCUGUCCAGAGGCUUCCGUUUCCUCAGUUCUCUUAGAUUAAAAGAAAAGGAAGAUCAGAUGAAGCUUUUCACCACGCAUUUGCAAACCCCUGAAAUCUAGAGAGCGGUUGCCUUUCUUCCCAUUUCUCUGAACUCCUUCGCAGUCUGAAGAGAGUACGGUAAUAGUACAGCCCUCGGCCAUUCUCGGCCAUGGCUAAUGGAAUAAGAACGUUGAUGUUAACAGUCCAGCCUGUAAUAAAACUAGUCCAUGAAAUCAAGUCACCUUUAAGAAAUUUUAGCAUUCCAUAGAAAUUUUCUCACUGAUUAAUUGCAAAUGUUCCUAUUUUCCUAAGUACAGAGGUACAUGAUUGAAGUUGCUACUUAUUGAUUUUUUGAUUAAAAUCUCAAUGAGCAUGCAGAUAAACUCCCUUUCAAAGAAAAAGACCUGACUUAAUUCUGCCCCCCAAAUACUGAAGACUUCAGUUGUCUACUGACUGUCACGACAGGACAGUGAAGGACCAAAUGGCUGAGGAGUUCUUCAGGUGUGGAGGCCGGUGCAGUGCUGGCCUCUGUCCUGGCUUGGCUGUGUGCUGCUUUCCCAGCCUGAGACAGCCUUAUCUGCUAUAGGCUCUGUUGGGAAACAGACUGUAUUUGUGGGUUUUGAAUCUUAGCAGUGAAGUAAAAUUUGAGAGUCCAUAUGCACUGAGUGUAUGCACACAUGCUACCACAGUUAUACAGAAGCUGCAUUUUAUUAAUAUAGGUGUCCUUGUUAUCAACUUAGUACAGUGUGGUCACAACAUUAAGUCAGUGUAGGAAAACAUUGCAAUGAUUGGUGGUACAGUUUCAUUAGAAUUUAGUAACAAAUUUGUAUGAUGAGAAGCUUUUGUUUCAUAAAAAUAUUUCAGGGCUGGGGGUGUAGCUCAGUUGGUAGAGUGU